AAGGCUCCGCGAUGCUCGAGACUCGAGAAAAUCCGCCCUCUCUCUGAACGGAGAUCCCAAGGCCCGACGGGGUCGCCCAACGAUUCCCGUCACUGCGACGCGUCGCUCAAUCAUCGCGUGCGCACAGCACAGCGACCGUGCGACGGCGAUGUCGGUGGCGGUUGACUCACUCACUACUUACGCAGCGCCGCCACUGCGUGCGUCACUGCGUGCGCCACUGCGUGCCACCAGUACCGCCUCACCGGGUUUCGCGCGUGACAGGACAGCGAUCGAGUCGGCUCUCCUUCGAUCCGUCCCGCGUUCCCGACUGAAAGCGCCGUUUCAAGCAUGAUGCAGCUGAUAAGAGUAUUCCAACCGUCCAACGAUCCCACCAUCUCAGCAUCGCACCAUCGCACCAUCGCACCAUCGCACCAUCCCAUCUUCCAUCGACUGACCAGCUCAUCUUGCUGACAGCGACCGUCCCCCCGCCAUGCCGCCUCGGCCUCCACGCUCUAACUCAGCCCCCUCUACGGAUUCCAAGGUGACUUUUGAGUCGACUCAAAAGUCACCUCUACGGAUUCCUCGAGCGAUUCCUAGAAAUACCCGCAGACGUUGGGAGACGAUUGAGACUGGUGCGACGACUACAACAAGCAGCAGCAGCAGCAGCAGCAGCAGCAGCAGCAGCAGCAGCAGCAGCAGCGAGGAUCGAUCGGUCGGCAGUGCCUGUGGUGUUUGCAGACCAGCGAGCUAUACCGUUAUUGCCCGUAACACUUGUACGUGAAAACUCGGAGGUCAGCAAGCGGCCCCGCACAGCGAGCACAGAGCGUUCGGCCGGUCGAUCAGCAACAGCAACAGUAACGGUGACAGCGACCGUGACAGCCAACAACGGUGGUAGAGCCUCGCUCGUUUCUCUCCCUCCUGAUUGGACUCGCGACGCGGGAGCCAAUCAAGAGCGCCGGAACGAGAAGGACAAGCUGAGGGGGACGUCCUGUCCCGCCCCGUCCCGUCCUGACGACUUCAAGACAGCACGUCACCUCUCAGCGGCUGCUGCCCCUGUCUUCACCUCUAACGCCACUGGUCACCUGAGACAGGCGGAAGGGGUAGAGCGGCAGAGAGGCAGAGGAGCAGAGGGGCAGAGAGGUAGAGGGGCACGCGGCUGCGGCAUGUGCUCAUAAAUCCUGCUUCCGGACUUCCUUCAGCUCAGUGGUCCUCCAGGCGGUGCUCCUUGUGUCUCCAAUUCUCUGCUGCCGCCUGCCUGGGCAGCAACACUACACCGAGUAUCAGCAGUGAAAAAAGCUACACAUAUAAACUGGGAAGCAAGCAACUGCGAAGGAAGCAACCCUCCCUCUUUCCUCUCCCCGUCCUCCUCUUUCCUUAGGGUUCUUGUCAAGAGGCGCUCAAAUGGCGAAGCCUCUCCACUCUCCCGUCGCCGCCCUGCCCCUCCUCCCCGCUUUCCUCGGCCCCCUCCUCCUCCUGCUCCUCCUCCUCUCCCCACACUCCUCCCCGUCGACCCUGCACUCGCCGCUCCUGGCGUCAGCGCAGGCACCGGCAGACGCAGCAGCAGCAGCGUUGGCGGCGUCGGCGACGGGUCGGGAGGUGGGGCGAGAGCAGGAGUCGGUGUUCUGCGAGCGAUACGUGCGCCCGUAUGGGCUGCAGUGCCGCGAGUACCAGAUCACCACGAGCGACGGAUACAUACUGAGCAUUCAGCGCAUUACCAACACCUCGGUGACUCCACCUCCCAUCUUACUGCCAGUGGGUGCUGCUGCAUCUGCCACGGCACCUCUCACCACCUCCACACCCACGCCUGCUGCACCUCUCACCACACCCUCGGGCGCUGCUGCUGCUAUGGCUGGUGCGGCUGGUGCUGCUGCUACUGCGGCAGCCGAAGCAGCAGCACGAACAGUGAGUGCUGCUACUGCAGGCUUAUUCGGUUCAUCCUCCCCCGCCACAACGACCGCCACCACCACCACCACCACUCCUGCUGCGACAGCCACACUGGCUGCACGCCCAGCACCAGCAGCAGACACUGCAGUGCCUGAGCUGCCGUCCCUCCCGUCCCUCCCGUCUGGCCGCCCAAUGCUCCGCUCCCAGCAGCAGCAGCAGCAACUCCAACGCCAGGAGGUGGCACCCACCACUCUCCCCACCUCCCAGCCCCUCUCCCAGCCCCUUGUGCAGCCUCUUUCCCAGCCGCUCGCCCAGCCCCUCACCCAGCCGCUCGCCCAGCCGCUCGCCCAGGCUCGCUCCUCCUCCCAGCCACAGCCGCAGUCGCAGGCGCAGAGCCGUGUGCUGCCGCGCUACCCCGUGCUGCUCUCCCACGCCAUGUUCCUGGCGAGCGACCUGUGGUUCGCCUUCUCCAACCAAACCGGCGCCGACCCGCUCAUCCGCAAGCGCGUGCCCGUGGGGCUGGCCAACCGGGGCUUCGACGUUUUCCUGCUCAACCACCGCUCCACUGAGUUCUCCCCGGGGCAUGUGGCGUACAACACCCGCCAGUGGCAAUACUGGGACUGGGACUUUGACCAGUUGGCCACCAUAGACCUGCCGUCCGCCAUACAGCUCGUCCUGGGGGUGACAGGCGCGCCCAAGCUGCACCUGCUGGGCUUCAACGAGGGCGGCAUGCUGCCCUUCGCCCUGGGCAGCACGUCCCCACGCUACCUCGCACGCAUCGCUGCGUCCGUGGCGUCCGUCGCGCCUACGGUGUUCUUCCAGAACGUCAAGUCGCCCGUGCUUCGCCAGUGGGCGCUGGGUCCGUCCCCCGAUGCGGCUGUCUACCAAGCGCAUCUCCUGUACGGCGCCUACAACGUCUCAGCCACGGAGAUCCUAUCUGGCGUUCUGGAGGCGGUGGGGUACAACAUGCUCACCUACUUCGUCUCCACGGGCGACCCCCAGGACCUCCUCACCAACAUCACAGGCACCCCGUGCUGCACGGACCCCCUGGAGCCCCCUGCAGCCCCAACAGCGGGGUGGAUUGCCACGUCGUACCGCAACCUCAUCCACUACCAGCAACUGAUCCGCAACGGUCUUUUCCAGCAGUGGGAUGCGCUCAGUGCGCAAGCCAACAUGGAUCGCUACGGCGCUGUCUCCCCCCCCAUGUACUACCUGUCGAACAUGCCUGCGGAGGUGCCUAUUCUCGUUAUGAGCGGUGGCAACGACUGGUUUGCCGACCCGCCCAACAUUCGGAAGCUCUUAUCGCAGCUCAACCCUGCAAGCACUAGCAGCAGCACUGGGGGUUCUGCUGCUGGUGCCUCUGGUCCUGCUGUGACUCACUUGGAGCUGCCCCGCUACUCUCACCUCGACUUGCUCCUGAGCGAAACUGCAGUGCAGGACGUGCAUGUUCCGCUUAUAGCGUACCUCGAGACAGGGUAUUUGGGUGGAUAAUAGACAUGUGUUUCUCCUGUUUCAGGGGAAGUACAGAAGUGUGGAUGUGAUCUGCCAUUACUGAAAUAUACUACGGUACCAUAUUGAGAAAGUUUGCUUUCCUGUUUGCAAUGGCAACAUGCUUCAUUU